GUUCAACUGAUGCGGAGGUGAAGAAACAGACGCAUAUAUAAAGUACAGAAGUUGCUUAGUUUUUAGGGGCUUGGAAGCUUCAUCCUCAGACCUCAGGAAGAAAGCGUCUGCUCUGUCCGGGUCUCCAGAAUGAUGAAAGUCAGUGUUUCCCUUGUGCUGCUGCUGCUGGGGUCGUGCUCAGCUGCCACCUACAAGAAUGUGGCCUUGCGUGGAAAAGCGACCCAGUCACAUCGUUAUUUGCACACAUUCGGGGCCGCCUACAAUGCUAUUGAUGGAAACCGCGAAGGUGAAUUCCACUCAGGAUCGUGCACCCACUCUGCUGAAACGUCCAACCCCUGGUGGAGAGUGGACCUGCUGGAGUCCUACAUCGUCACCUCCAUCAUCAUCACCAACAGAGGAGACUGCUGUGAGGAGAGAAUCAACGGACUGCAGAUCCACAUAGGCAACUCUGCAAAUAACAACGGCUUAGAAAAUCCAGUGGUUGGUACGAUUGUUGAACUUGGCAGAGGUGAAUCAUACACUAAGGCUUUUGAUAAUCGCGUGGAGGGACGUUACGUGACCGUGUCUCUGCCUGGUGCGGGACGAAUUCUGACUCUGUGUGAAGUGGAAGUCUAUGGGUAUCACGCCCCAACUGGAGAGAAUCUGGCCCUCAAAGGAAAAGCCUCACAGUCGUCACUGUAUGAAUAUGGCUUUGCAUAUAACGCCAUAGAUGGGAAUCGCGGCAGCAAGUGGGAAGAUGGCUCCUGCAGUCACACGAACAACAACGUGGCGCCCUGGUGGCGACUGGAUCUGCGCAAAACCCAUAAAGUGUUUUCUGUUAAGGUCACCAAUUCACAUACCAACCCAGAACGACUGAAUGGAGCCCACAUCCUAAUUGGAGAUUCUCUUGAAAACAACGGCAACAGCAACCCCAGGUGUGAAGUGAUCUACAGCAUCCCAGCAGGUGGUGUUAGUGAAUUCCAGUGUAACGGGAUGGAGGGUCGCUACGUCAACAUAUUCAUCCCUGAGAGAGACGAGUUCCUGAGUCUGUGCGAGGUGGAGGUGUAUGGCUCCGUCCUGGAUUAGGACUGAAGAUUUUCAAACUGCAAAACAAUAACAUUUUGCUCUUACAGACGCUCAUACUAACUGGAAUCACUGCUGAAGUUUAAACAUAAUCAAAUAAAAAGCUUUUAGUGCAACAAAGGCGCGAUUUGUCCAAAAAUCCUUGUGAACUCAGCAUCUCUUUUUAUUACAGAGCUUCUAGCACAAACUAAUGUAACGCUAUGGACAUAUGAGAAUGGCUCUACUUACAGCAUAAGUACGCUGUUUGUCUUUCUAAAUACUAAACUUAUGAUGGACUUCCACUAUCUGCUGCUGGAUAAAACUUUGUAUGUCAUCAAUAGUGAAACAGCAUUUGAUGAUUAAAAAUCAUUUCAACAUAACUGUA